AUGGUCGCGUUCGGAUUGGAGGGUUUUGUACCGGUACGGACUGGGACGGACUGCGGCGGAGAUCAGCUUCGCCAGCCCGUCGUACCCGACAAUCUGGGUCGAGGUCGAGGUCGAGGUCGAGGUCGAGGUCGAGGUCGAGAUCGAGGUCGAGGCCCAGCAGUAGCAGCAGUAGCAGCAGCAGCAGCAGCAGCAGCAGCAGCAGCAGCAAGCUGGCUGAGGCCCACCAGCCACACUCAAAGCCACAGCCACCACAGCCACAGCAGCACAGGGAUAGCAGCACCAGCCGAAAGAAGGUUAUCGAUAUCGAUAAACGAGAUGCCCGGCCGGUCAGAUCCGAAGCACGAAAGGCUACUCUCUCUAUACGCUCGCUGGAAGUACCGGUACAGGAGUGAGAGAGUGGCUGAGCCCGUCACUACUGUACUGUACCGUAACGGGCCAACGGGUUCCCCAGCGGCAACUGGCGGGGCUGACAAAGAAAGCGACAGGCCGGGGGGGAAGGGGGGGCUCAGCUCUUCUACCGUUCCGCAGCGAGUACAUACUACUACCUACUACUACUUCGUCCAGUACUGUACCGGUACUGGUCAGAGAGAGUGCAGGGAGAGUACAGAGAGGGUGCAGGUACCGUCUCGGUCGCCCGCUUCCCUAUCCACAUCAGCAUCGGUCACCUCCCCCUGUUCCCAAGAGUCGCGUAUCUCGACUCCACGACCACGACCACGACCACAGCCACAACCACAGUCACAAUACGACGAGUUGUCGACGUCGAGUAUCUUCUUCCCUUUCAACGACCAGAACGACGAGCCCUUGUUUGACUUUCAAACACCACAUCAACACUUCUCCUCGAGUCAACCGAUGCUAUCUGAGCAGCAACACACUACCAGCUGGCUCGAGAACGGCCAACUGACUCCUCAAUCGACGACGCGGGCACACCACCGCGAGUCCUCCCUGUCGUCUCUGGGUUCGGCCGGUCCCUCGUCGCCCUACACCGCAAACGCUGCCAACCCGCUCAUCGUUGGCGACUAUCAUGAAUAUCAGGACUACCAACCCAACAACCCUUCGAAGCCUCUGACACCCGCCCACACUCCAUCGCAGGGGCAAUUCCUCACGCUACAGUACUCGAGCUACUACCAGAACCCGAACCUCUCGUAUACUACGUGCUACGACGGUCUUCCCAAGGUAUCGAGAAGCACCGAGUUGAUGGCCGCCCCGGAAUCUCACCACUCGGGGAGGCCACCCACCUCUUCGGAGGCAAAUGAGUCACCAUCCACGCCACCGUCAUGCGACGAUGAGAGGCAAAAUAUUGGUGAGACCUUUCGCUUCGAUUCAUGGCUGUCCGAGUACUUACAACGUUGUGACUUUGAAGCAUAUAGGAGCACAGCUCCUAAACUCGAACGUACCAUAACAGACAUGUACACGGACGAGCUAUACAACCCGAACGUCCAAUUUACUACAGCGCCUUCCUCAUCGAAGUCUGUGACAACCUCUCCUCAGAACGAUCUAUUCUGUGAAAGACUGCAAGCCGCGAACUCCCAGCACUUGAGCGCCAAUGUCCAGACGCCUCUCUCGAUUCCGUCGAGAGAACGGUCGCCGUUCAGACACGGCUCCCCCCUUGCGCCGACGGGAACUACUUUUGGGACGCAGACGCCGGUCGUGCGCUUCAACUCGGCGCAGCAUCUGAGGCAACAACAGAAGAUGGAGAGCGAUGCAAUGGCGCUACAGCAGCAGAUGGAGCGAGUGUCUACUGAGCAUUCAGCACCGAAGACCAUCUCACCAAAGGAAGUCGAUUUGGUAUAUCACGAAAACGAUGAUGAUGCCAACGCCCCACUCUUCCCACCCCAACAGAAUCUCCAGAACCAACCCCAGCCCUCGACUUUCCGCCAACAGCCUGCCCUCCCGCAAGAUCAGUCCGAGGACGGCAACGCAUCUCCGACGAGUUAUGGGAGCAUGGCCACCACGGGACUGGAGAGCUCACCCACAUACUCCAACUCGUCGCAAGCGACACAGCACCAAGGCAACUUCAACUUCGUAACCCCGGCUGUUGCAGGCAGCAUCCAGCAAAUUCCCCAGCAAUACCCCUUCGUACCAGCGUCGCGGCGGCAGCCUAGCAACCUCACUAACUUUGGCGAGGACGUCGGUUUUCCCUCGACGCUGACCUCGAUGGAGUCCAGCAGCAGCGAGUACGCGGGCGAGUCGGACACGAAGAAGCCGGCUGGCACUUCUGCAGACACGGGUACGUACACCUGCACGUACCACGGAUGCACGUUGCGUUUCGAUACACCAGCGAGGCUACAGAGACACAAACGCGAAGGCCAUCGCAACUCGGCGGUGAUCGGCAGUGGGGAUGAAGGUGGAAUGACCUCCACGGCGCAACGUAACUCGCAAGCGGGGCCUCACAAAUGCGAACGCAUUAACCCGUCAACCGGAAAGCCCUGCAACACCAUCUUUUCGCGCCCUUACGACCUCACCCGCCAUGAGGAUACUAUUCACAACGCGCGCAAGCUCAAGGUGCACUGUCCGUUGUGCACAGAGGAGAAGACCUUCAGCCGGAACGAUGCGCUGACUCGUCACAUGAGGGUGGUGCAUCCCGAGCACACUGAAUUGAACAACAGCCGGCGCCGAACGCACGAUUGA